AUGCCUCCAAAUCCGUCGACCUUCACCGCACUUAAUGUGCCAUCAAGAUAUACAUUACCAGAGAGCAUGGAGUAUUUCUCCCUUGCGGCCCGUCCGGAUACAGAUCUUUGGCGUAAGCCGCCAGACCGUGAAACCUCGACAGCCCCGAUACUAUACACCUCCCUCCGGCGGCCGUUUGUUCUUGCCGAGGUAACAGUCACGGCGGACUGGGAGAUGGAAUGGGACCAGGGUGGCCUGGUUAUCUUUUCAGGUCCUCCACCAGGGCCGCGAUUAGCGACCCAAUCCAACAACGUCAAUGAAUCUAUACCAACCACGAUUAUUAACUUAGAUAACGAUGACUCUAACGAAGCUGGGGACAGCCAGCAACAACAACCGUUCCAACCCCCACCAUACCCAGCCUUUAACCUAGGGCAAGGCAAAUGGGUGAAAGCCGGCCUUGAGUUCUCCGCUGGCACUGUCAAUGCAUCAUCUGUCAGCGCCACUUCAGACGGAGCAGACUGGUGUCUCUCCCCCCUAGCACCAGCCAACCAACCAACGAGCAUAACAUCGUUGCGGAUUAAACUGGAACGCAUCGGACAUUCUCUCUGGGUGUGGUAUCAGAUUCCGCCGUCUUCGUUUUCGACGGAACAACAAUCUAGUCAAAGCCCGGGUUCGGCUGCCCAGUCCUGGCGAAAACUGCGCGAGGUGACAUGGUUUUUCUGGGGAGUAGAGGACAAGAGUGUGCAUGUUGGUGUCUAUGCCUGUCGGCCAGCCAAUAUCUCCAUAUCGAGUACCAUGUGGGCGGCGAGAAAUGGUGGACAAUUUAUCCAUGACAACAGCCCUUCAUCGAACUCGCUGGUAGUAGAGUUUGAAGAUCUGGAAAUCUUUUGA